AUGGCGGCAGCCCAAUUCUUCCAUAGACUUUUCAACCGUAAAAACCGAGACCCAGAGUCACCAAGGCCUUCGUCGUUAUCAAUACCAGAUCGCGCUCCAACUCCAGCUCCGGCAUCAGCCUCAAUCAACAGCAUCCCUAACUGGUCUCGAGCAGUCCUAGAAUCGGUCGGCGUCGACAACGCUACUUGUCGUGUUAAUGGGUGUCCUACUGAUUCCAAACACCUCCCAACUCUCCCACCAGACUACUGCUCCGUGUUGUCUAUAUUAAGUGACAACAGACACCAUAAUAGCUCAUCACCCGUAGAAAUUCACCUGCAGAGUCAAAGUUCAUUCUUUUCACGUCUUCCACCCGAGGUUCGCAAUCUAAUAUAUCUCUUCGCCUUUGGGAACCGCCGAAUUCAUCUCGAUUUUGACUUCAACCCCCAACAAGGACAAUGGAAAUGGUGGCAUCGAGUGUGUGACGAUGCAGAAAACUGCCUCGACAAAACGUUCCAGUGUCCUGAGUACGCUGGCGCCGAAGAGGCAAUGCUAAAACUUGCCUCACGCUCCUGGGUAAAGGAGGGCUUCGAGUAUAAACUAGACGCGGUGAAUUGGCUAAAAUGUUGUCGGAGAGCAUACCUGGAAACCCUCCCAGUACUUUACACCUCUAAUACAUUUGUUUUCACCCAUGGUAUCGAUCAGCUCUUCCGCCUGUCGUGCGUCAUGCCGCGGGACCAUUUGGCACUCAUCGUAUCGCUGUCUGUUGAGAUCGAUAUCUACCGCAUCAUCAAGCGGCCUCCUCAUAUAGAUCCCUGGUUCAAGUCUUUUUAUGGCAAAGUCUUCAGGAUUCUGCUCUGUGAGCUUAAAAACGCGAAAGAUCUUCGAUUCUCAAUAGCUGGAUUGUGCCAUCAUUCUGGGAACCCGAUGCAGUGGGUAGGCCACGAAGAAUGUGAUUGGAUUGCACCAUGGGAGGAACUGGCAUCCAGUCGUAGUUGGAAAAGACUAGAUAUCGCUGUACCGAGAGGUUGGGUUCCGGAGUUUGAGGGAGUGGUACAGCGGAACAGCGCGGUGGAGGAGCAGAGGAGAUACAGACUUGUGGCUGGAAGUCACGAUUGCCCUCGAGGGUGGUAG